AUGGGAAGCGUCACCGGCCCAACGCGCUCUCUACGGAGCAACACAAACCUUCCAGCCGAAGAACCGUCUGCUCAGAAGUUGUUCAACAACAUUCGAAAUGAGAUUUUAAACACAAACCACUCUACUGAUCUGACUUUCCAAAAUAUUUCUCCUGCUGCCGGAUUCCAAAUUGCAACAUCAUUUUCAGAGGAUCCCGAGAUUGAGAGGGCCCUUCCUCGCAUUUCGUAUAACCCUUUAACUAAAGUCCUGACUGCUCGAGUUAUGCCGACUACAGUCCAUGACUGCCACCAAGAGUGGCUUUCAAACGAGCUGCUCGAUAUGGUUAUGGCUGGAUUCUUGACGGUAGCAGAAAGAAAGAAACUGAAACUCCGCGUUGGAACGACUUUUACUGGUUUUGCGGCACCAUAUACCUCCGCUGUAAAAGAGCCUGAUACGUGUAUCCUUCCGGACGCAUUGCCUCUACCAACUGUUGCUGUCGAGUCAGGCUGGUCAGAGUCUUGGCCUCGGUUGGAGGCUGAUAAGGAUCUUUGGCUUGUCGGAGGCACAGCUGUUGAGCUAGUGUUGUUAAUUCGAUGGACCAAGAUAAGUAAUGGCCGUGUAAAAGGAAAUUUGCACGUUCAUGGAAGGGAUCUCGCCGGGAAUGUUGUCUUAUUACAGACUGAGGAAAUCUUUCCUGCACCAGCAAAUAAUACAAACCAGGUGAUUCCCAUAUCAAGAAGGCAACUCUUUGGCAGUUGCAUCUUUCCCAAUAGAAACCCGGCAGAUACAUAUAAUCUCUCUAUUACGAACUUGCGCGAAACGGCAGACGAGUCUAUUAGGUUUAUGGGUUUUACUCCAGGCUAG